CUCAUCUAGUUCGUAAUUCUCAAUUAAUCAUAAAUAAGUAAGUUAGUUACUUAGUUACUACUUACUGUUUAACUUUAAAGUGCACCACCAAUAUGAAAUCAACGUACUAGUAUUGAACCUGUUUAUUGAUUCAUCAAGUUGUCAUCCGGGGGCGAAAAUAACGGGAAUACAAUGAUUUUGCGUUCAUGGGAUCGGAUUCGGCCCCGUUGCUUAGCUGAUUUGUCCUGCCUCCUCCUCCUGGUGGUGUUUGUUCCGGUGGCAUAUGUCUUUCAUAUGACUCUGGUGCUGCCGGAGUUGUUUGGAGUCGGAGGCUUCUGGUACACUGUGAUUUGGGUGGCUGCCCAGUUUAUAAUAUUUAACAUCACCGCGAAUAUGCUCGCCUGCAUGCUGGUGGACACCACCAUCAGAAUGGAGCUUCUGAAGCCGCCGUUGGAUCCCGAUUUGCGAGCCCGCUGGCACAUGUGCAACGAGUGCCAGGCGCUGGUGCCACCCCGGUCCUGGCACUGUGAAGUGUGUAGCGUGUGUGUGCUAAAGCGGGACCACCAUUGCCGCUUUACAUGCUGUUGCAUUGGACAUCACAAUUACCGUUAUUUCAUCUACUUUCUGGUGUAUCUGAUGAUUGGUUCCUUCUUUGCGAGCAUCCUGGGCGGCAUCUAUCUGUGGAAUGUUCACUUUGACUUCUAUUGGACACCAUUCACCCUGAUCACAGUGUUCGUACCCGCAGUGAGCCUCGCUCUGAGUCCCUGCUGGGAAAGCUUCUACUUACUUACAUACCUUCUCACUUGGCUGGCCUUUGCGAUAUCCAGCCUGCUACUCGUCUACCACUGGCCAAUACUUCAGUUGGGCUCGGUGGCAAAGGAGCGCCGCAGCCGAAACUACGACCGUGGGCUGCGCUCCAACAUGGAAAUGAUAUUCGGCAAGCGGAUGCACUUGACGUGGCUAUCUCCGUUUGUGCGCAGCGAGCUGCCUCACGAUGGCAUCAACUGGGAGCCCGUGGGCACGCAUCUAACCAAAGAGGAUUAACAGUAGUGAAACCCGUCACUCGAAUAGUUUGAUCUCAAUAUUAUAGUAUUCAUUUAGCACAUGCCAAGGCAUUUACUUAACAAUCGUGUUUACCUCAAUUACAUACGAAUCUUUA